AUGACCGAUGGUUACAGAUUGGUGAGGCUCGUGUAUCUCCCAGACACUUAUUUUCGUUGUUACGAAACUGUUCCAUCUCUCGUUGAGAUUUAUACACUUCAAACCGGCAUAUGGCGCUCUAUUACGGCCCCUGGUUCUCCCUACAUCAUAAGAGAUUGGUCCUCGUCGGUUUUUGUGAAUGGCGUACUCCAUUGGCUUGCACACACAUGGGACCAGGCCCCCUUUCGCAAUGUGAUUGUGUCGUUUAAUAUGAAGGAUGAGGCCUUUGGUGAACUGAGUAUGCCUAAGAGCUUACAAGGGCUGGAAAAUUUAAACGUUACUGUGGCACUAGUUGAUGGGUUGCUUGCGCUUGUCCCUUGUAACAAACUUGGUAACGAGGCGUCUGAGGCCGUGUGGGUGAUGAAAGAGUAUGGAGUAGCGGAAUCUUGGAGUAAGCUGUUUGAUAUUUGCAUUGGGGGAUUUAACAGGGUGAUAGGCUUUACAAAUAGUUGCGAAGCUCUAGUGCACACGAGUGGAAGGUUGUUUUCUUUCCGACCUUGUAGUCCCAGCGGAUAUUUGGAUCUUCCCAUUGGUGUCCCAGCAGAUUUUUAUUUAGAUACUUAUGUGGAGAGCCUUGUUCUACUCAAUGUAAAAGACCGAGUUCCGGGGCGACAUGGGAAUUCGUCUGGUGGUAGUCAGCGCACAAAGAAAACCAGGUGCUUGAUGCUAGUUCCACAUUCUACUUUUUACAAUCACUGA